AUGGCCACCAUACGCAGCCUCGACCAUACCAAAUCCGAAGCCGAGCUUUCCAUCAACAUCAAGAAGGCCACGAGCCCCGAGGAAUCGGCCCCAAAACGCAAGCAUGUCCGGAGCUGCAUCGUCUACACAUGGGACCACAAAUCCUCCCUGUCCUUCUGGGCUGGGCUCAAGGUCCAGCCCAUCCUCGCCGACGAGGUCCAGACAUUCAAGGCCCUGAUCACCGUUCACAAAGUCCUCCAGGAGGGACACCCUGUGACCCUUAGAGAGGCAAUGGCGAACAGGGGGUGGAUCGACAGCUUGAAUCGGGGAAUGGCCGGCGAGGGCAUGCGCGGUUACGGCCCCUUGAUCAAGGAAUACGUCUACUACCUACUCGCAAAGCUCUCGUUCCACAAACAACACCCGGAAUUCAACGGCACCUUCGAGUACGAGGAGUACAUCAGCCUCAAGGCCAUCAACGACCCGAACGAGGGCUACGAGACCAUCACCGACCUCAUGACCCUGCAGGACAAGAUUGAUCAGUUCCAAAAGCUAAUCUUCUCCCACUUCCGCAAUGUGGGCAACAAUGAGUGCAGGAUCUCUGCGCUAGUGCCCCUCGUCACUGAGAGCUACGGCAUCUACAAGUUCAUUACCAGCAUGCUGAGGGCGAUGCACUCUACUACUGGGGACAACGACGCCCUCGAGCCGCUCCGCGGGAGAUACGACGCUCAACACUACCGCCUCGUCAAGUUUUACUACGAAUGCUCCAAUCUCCGCUACCUCACCAGUCUCAUCACUAUCCCCAAGCUACCACAAGACGCGCCCAAUCUGCUCGCAGAAGACGACAAUGCGCCAGCCCUCCCGGCACGACCCAAGCAGGAGAUUGAAAAGCAGCCAACGCCUCCCCCGCCGCCGAAGUCCGAGGAGCCCGAUGAGAUCAACGAGUUUUGGAAGAGCGAAAUCGAUCGUCAAAACCGAGAAUACGAAGAGCAGCAGCGGAGCAGGAGGCGCUGCGGGCCCAGCAAGCGCAAUGGCAGACCCAGGGCCGGCUGGGCCGAGCUCGAGCAAGAGAACCUCAACGCGCGGGCGCAGUACGAGCGCGACCAACUGAUGCUGCAGCAGUACGAUCAACGUGUCAAGGCCCUGGAAGGCGAGCUGCAGCAGCUGCAAAACAACUUUGGGCAGCAGGUGGGAAGCAAGGAUGACCAGAUUCGAGCGCUGCAGGAGCAGGUCAAUACCUGGCGGACCAAGUAUGAAGCUCUGGCGAAGUUGUACUCCCAGCUCCGACACGAACACCUUGAUCUGCUCCAAAAGUUCAAGUCGGUGCAGCUCAAGGCCGCUUCUGCUCAGGAGGCGAUUGACCGACGAGAGAAGUUGGAGCGUGAGAUCAAGACGAAGAACCUCGAGCUAGCCGACAUGAUCCGAGAGCGGGAUCGGGCCCUCCAUGACAAGGAUAGAGUGUCGGGAUCCAACAAGGACGAAGUGGAGAAGUUAAAGCGGGAGCUCCGAAUGGCCCUGGAUCGCGCCGACAACCUGGAGCGGAGCAAGGGUAACGAGCUCUCUACGAUGCUCUCCAAGUACAACCGCGAGAUGGCGGAUCUAGAAGAGGCGCUCCGCAACAAGACGCGGGCGCUAGAAGACUCGCAAUCCAAGCUGAGAGACGGCAGUUCGGACCUCGAAGCGCUUCUCCGUGAGAAGGAGGAAGAACUCGAGGUGUACAAGGCCGGCAUGGACCAGACCUUGAUUGAGCUUAACGAGCUAAGAAACAACCAGGGCACAUCAGAUCAGGUGCUCGAUGGCCAAAUCGAUGCCCUAGUCCUCGGGCAACUGGACAAGAUCAACGAAAUCAUCGACUCGGUGCUCCAGUCAGGAGUGCAGCGUGUUGACGAUGCUAUGUACGAGCUCGACUCGACCAUGCAAGCGGGCAACCAGAACGCCUCUCCAUCCUACGUCUUGUCGCAAAUUGAAAAGGCGUCGGCCAGCGCCACCGAGUUUGCGACGUCGUUCAACAACUUCAUCGCGGACGGGCCCAACAGCACUCACGCGGAUUUGAUCAAGAACGUCAACGUGUUUUCUGGUGCCAUUGCAGAUGUCUGCAGCAACGCCAAGGGUCUGACACGUCUGGCCACCGACGAGAAGAAGGGUGACGCCAUGAUCAGCGGCGCGCGCCAAUCUGCCCAUGCUACCGUCAGUUUCUUCCGCAGUUUACUGAGUUUCCGACUGGCGGGAAUGGACUCGCUGCAAAAGACCGACGUGGUAAUCAACAGCAAUCAUGAUGUUCAGAUGAACCUCCAGAAACUCAACAAGGUGGUAGAGACGUUUGCGCCGGGCUUCGGCAAGCUCGCCAACAAAGGCGAUCUGGGCGAUGUUGUCGACCAAGAACUGAGCAGAGCGGCCGAUGCCAUUCAGGCCGCGGUUGACCGCUUGAAUAAACUCAAGAACAAGCCUCGCGAUGGCUACUCCACCUACGAGCUUCGGGUGCAUGACUCGAUCCUGGAUGCCGCCAUGGCGAUCACCACGGCCAUUGCGCAGCUUAUCAAGGCGGCCACCGUCACACAACAGGAGAUUGUCCAAGCCGGGCGCGGUUCCUCGUCGCGCACGGCCUUCUACAAGAAGAACAACAGGUGGACAGAAGGCCUAAUCUCGGCUGCCAAAGCGGUCGCGGGGUCGACAAACACGCUGAUUGAGACGGCCGACGGCGUCCUCUCGAACCGCAACAGCCCCGAGCAGCUCAUCGUGGCGUCAAACGAUGUGGCGGCGUCCACAGCGCAGCUCGUGGCCGCCAGUCGUGUUAAGGCCGGUUUUAUGAGCAAGAGCCAGGAGAACCUCGAGCAAGCCAGCAAGGCUGUCGGUGCCGCUUGCCGCUCUCUUGUCCGCCAGGUGCAGGCCAUGAUCAAGGAUCGCAAUGCCGGGGAGGAACAGGUGGAUUACUCCAAGCUGGGCGCGCACGAGUUCAAGGUGCGCGAGAUGGAGCAACAGGUCGAAAUCCUUCAACUAGAGAACUCGCUGUCUGCGGCCCGUCACCGGCUCGGCGAGAUGCGCAAGAUCUCGUACCAGGAGGAGUAA